AUGGCGCUCCACAUGCGGAGGACGCUGCUGUCACUUCACCGAACUAAAUGCAGCUCUUUUAAGCCCCCAGAGGUUUUGGACGUCCGGAGUCCUGGCCCCCUGCUCCUGACUGUGAGGACAAAGAAGCGCUACUUUAUUCCUCCAGCGGUGGGUCUCAAGAAAAAUGGGGCUGAAGACGCAGAGGCCAAAGCCCGAGCUGCAGGCAUCGUUUUCAGACAAGAGUACUUCGAGAGACCCAUCAACAUUGCAUGCACUGCUGGAAUUUUUGAUCCGUACAUUCCUCCUGAAGGCGACGCUCGUCUCUCAUCGUUGUCUAAGGAAGGACUCAAACAGAGAACAGAGCAGAUCCGGCAGAGUGCGGCCUCACAACUCGCAAUUCGUAAAAUCAAAGAACAUGACCCUGAGUUCUCGUCAAAGACCUUUGCGGAAAAGGCUCAGGAAAUCUUCAUCGAAGCUCACUAUGCGCUAUCAAACUUCAACAAAGAAAGACUUCAUUUCUUAGUGAGUGAGAGGUGUUACCCUGAGAUGACGCGAGGAAACCGGUACAAGACAAUUCGUUGGAAGUUCAUAGAGUCCCUGGAGCCUCCCAGAGUGGUUCACGCCCGCUGUCCAGACAUGGUUUCUAAAGGCAAUCUGUACGGCCAGGUCACCGUCCGCAUGCACUCCAAACAGACUUUAGCCGUGUACGACCGCUUUGGGCGGCGGAUGUUGGGAGACGAAGAGCAGCCUAGAGACGUGUUGGAAUAUCUGGUGAUGGAGCGUCACAUCAUGAAUCCUUACGGCACUUGGAGACUUCACGGCAAGAUCGUCCCGUCCUGGGCUCCUGCCAAAGACCCAGUUAUUAAGACUGUAAGAAUUCCUGGUCCGGAGCUAAAGCCCUGGGAAGAGUUCGACUCCAAGAAUUAUCAAUUUGAGAUUGAGUCGAUGAGAGGCCAGAGGGAGAGAGGCCAGAGGGAGAGAGGCCAGAGGGAGAGAGGCCAGAGGGAGAGAGGCCAGAGGGAGAGAGGCCAGAGGGAGAGAGGCCAGAGGGAGAGAGGCCAGAGGGAGAGAGGCCAGAGGGAGAGAGGCCAGAGGGAGAGAGGCCAGAGGGAGAGAGGCCAGAGGGAGAGAGGCCAGUGGAAGAGGGACCAGAGGGAGAGACCCGAGGAAGAGAAAGGCCAGGGGGAGAGGGACCAGAGUGAGCCAGUCCUCUAA